CCGGCCGGGCUAUGCGUGCGUAUUUGCGCGCGCGCGCGUUGUGCCUGCAGCGGCUCCUCAGAGGGACCCCGCCACCUCGAAGGAUUAUGGCCUGGCUUGUCUGCAGUCUCCUGGACUCCCAGCUCGUCGCCCGCUUCCAAAGGCGCUGCGGGCUCUUCCCCGCCACCUCUGUGGCCGCAGAGGGAGGGGCUGGCGCGGCUCGGGCGGUGGGCAACGGCAGCAGCCGCCUGUCGCUCCGGCGGGAUAGCCCGGCCAAGCAGCACAGCCCCCGCCCACCGCCUGGCUGCGCCACCUGCAACGGCAGUCCCGGCAGCGCUUGGGAGGAUGUUCCACGGGAGUAUCUGGUAAAUAACUAUUUCUACUACUACCUGUUCAGGAUUUCAUCUGCAAUGGGUCAAGAAGUUUUCUACAUUACAUUCCUUCCAUUCAGUUACUGGAUCAUUAAUCCAUAUGUUGCUAGAAGGCUGAUAAUUAUGUGGUCUUUGGUUAUGUACAUUGGCCAAGUCUCGAAGGACCUUCUAAAGUGGCCUCGCCCUUAUUCUCCGCCUGUUGUGAAGCUAGAAAAAAGAACCAAUGCAGAAUAUGGAAUGCCAUCCACGCAUGCAAUGGCAGCCACCACUAUCUCUUUCACUUUUGUCAUUACAACUGUGAGCCAGUACAAGUAUUCACUUGACCUAGGAAUAAUAGGAGCUGCCUUAUUUUCAACCAUGGUAUGCCUCAGCAGAAUUUACACUGGAAUGCACUCAGUGCUGGACGUGAUUAUUGGAAGUCUGAUCUCAGCAGUACUAAUUGCUCUUGCAUAUCCAACCUGGGAUUUCAUUGACCAUCUGAUACUAACCAGCCCUUUGUGCCCUGUGUUCUGCAUUGUCGUGCCCCUUGUCUUAUGCUAUAACUACCCCAAACUAGACCAUUACAGCCCUACUAGAGCAGAUACCACCACUAUCCUAGGCGCUGCAGCUGGAGCAGUUAUAGGGUUCUGGGUAAACAACUUCUACGUACUAAAUACGUCUGCUGAAGCUAUUGCACACAGCAUUCCUUCAAUCACUGGUGAAAUGCUUUUGAAGGUGCUUGCAAAGUUUUUGAUAGGAAUAAGUACACUAGUCAUCACUCGACAGCUUGUCAAAAGGACGACUCUGAAGACGCUCUGUUCUUGGUACAGUGUUUCUACCAGUGAUCUUGAAACCAUACAACAAAUUGAAAUUGAAGUGCCGUAUAAGUUUAUAACCUAUGCUUCCAUUGGUUUUAAUGCUACAGUGCUUGUGCCAUUACUUCAUGAGUUCCUGGGUUUAAAUUGAGUGCUGAGCAUUUUUUCAGCCCAGGUUAUGGGAUACAAAGUUUGUGCUGUGGUAGAAACUUGAACCAAAAAAAAUUGUUGUGCCUUUCUGCACAGUCUAAAAUAUAGCUAAUACUGGAGAGCCAAAAGGAGCUUCUCUUGUACUGCUACUAUUAUUUUUUGUCUGCUGCAAUCUAACAUGAGCAGACCAGAAUACAAGAAGCAGCUACUGCUUCUUCAGCAAAACAUUUCACUGAACUUGUACUCUAGCAUCGCAGGGGGUAGCAGUAAGCUCUGUCACUCUCCCAGGGCUAGCAGUUUUGUGACUCAACUCUCCAAGUCAAGCUUUGUAUCUGAUGCAGAAGAAACAAGAGUCCACAUAAUCAAGAUUAUAUAUAUAUAUAUAUAUAUAUGUGUGUAUAUGUAUGUAUAUGAGCCUUGCAUUUGCUUGGGCAGCCCUGUGCAUGGCCGAAGCAAUGGCUGGCUUUGGAGCUAGCAAGAUGAUCUGAAGAUCCAAUUCCUGCUCUAGAAAAAAAGACUCCUGGGAGUACUGAAUUCACUUGUGUGUCUGUGACUAUGCUCUUGCUUAAAUCAAUGGGCUUAAUGUUCCUUCUUGAUGCAGUGCCAAACAGAUUUUUAUCAUGACACUCUAAGGAUGCUUUAUUGCUUGUCCAAGAGGUGCAAGUAGAUCAGUCAUCUUGUCUCUCUCAGAAUGCAUGACCUUUUUCUCUAAUUAUGGGAUCAUUGUUACUAUUGUGCUUGGACAAGUUAUAUACCACCUCAAUUUUUAUUUUUCGUACCAGUAAAUGGAUAGGAAUCAGUCCAGUUGAUUUCUAGAAUUGUCACGUGAAGAACUUUCUCACACUGAGCCCAAGAACUAAAUGCCCCAUAACUGCUGCAAUACUGGCAGCUUCUAAAGAAGGGCUCCAGUAUGGUCUUCAACCUUGACAUCUUGCAGAAGUGGGAUGACAUAAAUUUGUUAAAGGCUGUCACAGCUGAAAAGCAGUAGGACUGUUUAACUGAGAUAAAGUUCAAAUGUAAGUAUGGAUUCAAGUUCUUGUGUGGUAUUUUUAGUUAGUGCAUAAUGAUUCCUUCAUGUGUGCCUUCUCUCCACUAAUCACUUGUGUGCCAACUGGUAUUUUUCCUGUUUCAAUUGAAAGCUUAAAACAAGAGCUGUGAAACAGCUACUACCUUUUCCCAUUGCCCACCCCCACCCCCCACAAAGCUUCAAUAUAUCUAAGCUUUAAGUCUGGACAAACCUCUUUGCUGCUAGUUCUGGAAAGAGACCAGUGAUGCCAAAAAAAUAAAAAUCUAGGAAGGAUAUAUCCAUUCUAAGCAUGUUUAUAAACCACUGCAGCAUUACUGCUUUGUAUAGGUAGCUGCUAUAGGGAAGCAAAAAAUAUAAACAUUUCAGAAUUGCAUCCAUCUUUAAAUGAAGGGCUUGAAGAACUAACUGGGAAUCAACUGGAGUCUAAAGAGUUUCAUAACUUCAUGACAACAAAAAAUCUGCUACCAAGUAGCUGCUUUGGGGGGAAAGGUAGGGGUAUGUGUGUCAGUAUUGCACUAGGGUUUAAUCUCCUCCCUGCCCUCUAUGUGAACUGGCACCACAAAAUAGAGGUCUUGCAUAUCUCCCAGCCCCUUUGUGCUUUAGGUAACACACAUGUUCUGUAAUGUAGGGGCUGUAUGAAGGUAAAAGGCCUGAAGCCCAUGAAGGUCACCUGUCAAAAUGGAAGUGCCUGAGAGCAAAACUACACAAUACAAGGGAAAUGUAUGACUACUACCCCAGAAUCCUCCCCCAUAAUGCUAAUGUGCUGGGGUACUUCCAAGGACAAUUGGCAGAUGAGACAUAAUGAAUCCCUCCCAUGUACCCCCAGCAGCACUUCACACAUAUACCACUGAAUCCAGUUGGAGGGAGAGGAGAAUUGCAGGUGCGUAUGGAAGGGAUUAAGCAAAAUGAGCUUGGGAACCAUGCAUUUGUAGAAAUAAUGGCCAACAUGCUGCAUACCACAGUGGCAUUCCUGAACCAUUGGGGUGCUUUGUACACAAAAGGCAGGCCUGGUAGAGUGCAUUUGCUCAACUACCUAAACCACCACACACAGAUGUGUACAACUACUGAUAGACUGCAUUUCAAUGAUUUUUUUAAAGCAGUGUACAUAGAAAAAAAUUCCCUGUCCCACAAAGGGCUCACAGUGUAGAAAGUCUUGUUUAAAACUUUAUAUGUUAAAAUUUAAUUGCACUAAACUUUAUAUUACUUUUACUAUUGUGAGCCACCCUGAGCACUAUUGUACAGAAGAGGUGGGGUAUAAAUAGUUUAUAUAAGAUAAAAAAAUACUUGGAAAUAAGGGAAGUAGCAUGACCCACAUGCCCAUCUGCUGAUUAAGGAAGCUGUGCCAGGAACUGCAACAGCCCCAGUGAGUCAAACGCCAGGGUGGCCAACAUGCUGCACAAGGCAAAUGUCUAGUUCUGUUGUCAAACAGGGAAAGUGACCUGUAAUAGGAAGUUCUUAACUGUGGGGUAGGCUUUUAAAGAGCUGUUUAUUUUCUGCUUUCACUUAAAGAACUGUGGUGUUGUUUUUUAAAGUGAAGUCUCCUAUUCUGUUUUAUAAACCCAUCUAUAUGCUCAGGUUUGUAAACUACAAGCUGCACAAUAUUUUUGUACUGUUUUACUGUUAAGUUGUGAAAUAUGUAAGCUGUAUUCUGAAUACUGGUCACAUCUGGCUGUAUUCAAAUUGUAAAUGAUUUCAAAAAACUUUAUUAAAUUAUUUUGUCAUGUA